AUGUGUGAAACCAGGAGGUCUGAAAGUUGUGAUAGUGAGAAGAAAUAUGACUUGGUGCCACCGGAAGGCGGCUGGGGCUAUGCAAUUUGUAUUGGGCUUUCUGUUAUAUUUAUAGCUGGUACAGCUCAUCAGCCAGUGUUCGGGUUUAUAUACAAUGAUUUUUUAGACGACUUAGGCGUUGGAACCGGAGCUGUCACUGUAGUAUAUGGAGUGUUUCAAGUUACACUCGCAAUCGCUGGUUUUUCAGCUAAUAUAGCGCUUAAAAAAUUAUCAUUAAGACAAGUCGGACUGAUUGGAGCAUUUAUAUACACGUUAGCAUCGUUUCUAGCAAUAUUUGUGGUUUCCACAACGCAAUUAAUUAUAACAAAUGGAUUCCUUCAAGGUCUUGGCAUGGGCCUGCUCAUUCCGGUAGCAUAUACGAGCUUUAACAGUUACUUUACAAGGAAAAAAGUGCUUUAUUUAAGUCUCUGUAAGGCCUCAAUUGGAUUUAUAACAAUGUUGUAUCCACUAUUUAUGAAAAUGACUAUAACAGAAUAUGGGUUUCGAGGCACGUUAGCCAUAUUAUGCGCGAUAUCGGCGCACAGUAUUCUAGGAGCUUUAGUGAUGCAUCCGGUACAAUGGCAUAUGGUUAAACAAACUAAGUCUUGUGAACAAAUUGUUUUGAUCCCACCGACGCCUGCCAUCGGAAACGACAAAGGCUUUGACUUCACAAAAAAUGUUAAUGAGAGCGAAGAUUCCAGAUCUGUUGGGAAUUUGUAUAUAAAACGAGACUUGGAAGACCCUCACAAAGGAUCGGGUCUCCUUUUUUAUCCCAAAAUUAACCAACUCAAGGAGAUUAAGCAUUCCAGUUGUUUUGAUACCUGCAGAUGGCAAGACUGA